UAUCGGAAGAAGAGAUCGCGAAAGAAAUCAAAGAAAGAAAGAAAAACGAGCCGCAACGUCUAACGGAAGAGACGAUAGCAGGGAUGGACAUCGGAGAUGGAAAUUUGACCCCACAAGAGCGAGAACGUGUGAUAGAAAUCCUGAAGACAUGUAAUAAGGCCAUAGCUUUCAGCGACGCGGAGCGGGGUAGGAUUGAUCCUCGAUACGCUAAGCCAGCUAGAAUUUAUACGAUUCCACAUGUUCCUUGGAAUGAUGCGGGAUGGAAAUACGCCCAGAAGGAGAAGGAAGAAGUUAUUGCUUUCCUGAAAGAAAAGAUGAUUUCCCACGUUGCGGAGCUGUCUGAUAGCGCUUAUGCUAAUCGAUGGUUCUUCCUACGGAAACCGAAUGGCAAGAUCCGAUGGAUCCAGGACCUUCAGAAGGUCAAUGCGGUGACGAUACAAGACGUGGGCUCCGUGCCGCAUGCCGAUUUACUAGCAGAAGGCGCGGCAGGUAGGUCGAUCUAUUCGGUCUGUGAUCUGUUCUCAAGCUAUGAUGAGGUACCACUUGACCCUAGGGACAGACACCUCACGGCUAUGCAUACGCCAUUGGGACUAAUUCAAAUGAUGGUUGUCCCUAUGGGUUGGACUAAUGGGGUAGCCGUUUUUCAGAGAGCCAUGGUAGCCGUCCUCAAGGACUUCAUCCCCGAUAAGGUUGAAGUUUUUCUGGAUGACUUUCCUAUAAAAGGGCCAGUAGACAGGGAUGAGACAGAGGUUAUACCUGGAGUUAGAAGAUUCGUCGAGCAGCACCUAACAGACAUUUGCGCGGUACUCGAGCAGCUGGACGAUGCGAAUUUGAGAGUCAGCAGAACCAAGAGUCGAUGGGCCGUCUCGACUAUUAAGAUCUUGGGCUUUAUAUGUGACUCGAGAGGACGCCGAGMAGACCCGGCGAAGUUAGACARACUCCKRAACUGSCCGUCACCGUUACAUAGCCCAACCGAGGUCCGACAGUUUCUGGGAGUGGUCGGUUACUGGCGUAUAUUCAUACGGGGGUAUGCGGAGAAGGCUGAGCCAUUGAGGUUACUCCUUCGAAAGACUGAAAAAUUMUACUGGGAUUCUUCGCARGAACUCGCAAUGCAAGAACUUAAAGACGAAUUUAAGGAGGGAGGCCGCGUGUUGGKCGUCCCAUUCUUUGACGAUGAGACCGAGAGACCCUUCAUAGWAUCCACGGAUGYUGGGCCGUGUUCAGUSGGUGGUUUGCUGUCUCAGAAGGACGCUGGAGGGAAGGAAAGACCGUUAAGAUUUGAGAGUAGGACACUUAAUACGGCCGAGCGUAACUACGKUCAAUUCAAGAAGGAAGUGUUAGYUGUUCUYYGGUGUCUAGAUACGUUCAGACACUWUAUCUWUGGGCGACGGUUCAUCUUGAGAGUAGACYYCACCGCGGUUGCCUCURUCCUCCARAAGGACUUYAGUCUGACGGACCCGACCAUCGCCCGAUGGUUAAUACGGAUUCGGCUAUACGAAUACACGGUUGAGAGAGUAUCUGGUACUAAAAAUGUCGUGGCAGAUGGACUAUCACGCAUCCCUCUCGAGCGUCCGAUAGUAGCUGGGGCUCUGACAAUGGCAGAGCCGAGGCGCGCCGAGAGAUUUCUAGUUAAUCUUUACGAGGGCAAGUACCGAAUGAUCGGACUACACCUGACGGGAGAGGAGAGUCAAGAUUCAGAWAUCCGGAGGCAAGCAGCCCAGUACUGCCUUAGAGCGGGCCACCUUUUCCGAAGGCCAGUAGGGUCGGGAAUGCCCUUACGAGUAGUCUGUGAUCCUGAGGAGAGACAGACGAUAGUUGCGGAACUACACGACGGGGUAGUCGGAGGACACAGGGGAGUUAAAGAAACCUACGAAAAGAUACGCCGGCUGUACUGGUGGGAAGGACAGUAUAAGGACGUCGAGAGGUAUUGUAUGACAUGCGAAGAGUGCCAGAAAAGAACUCUUGUGAAAUACAAAGAGCCACUUCACCCAUCCUACCCGACUAGACCAGGGGAGAAGGUACACAUUGAUAUAGUGAAGAUGCCGAAAGGGGUAGGCAAUAUGAACUACGUCGUGAACAUACGAGACGAUUUCACUGGAUUCGUGGACGGUAGACCUAUCAGGAGUAAAGCAGCAAAGGAAGUCAAGAGCUUUGUCCUAGAAUACUUAUCUAGGUAUGAUUGUGUCGGCAAGAUAGUGAUGGAUAGAGGGGCGGAAUUCCUAGCCGACGAGGUCCAGAGCGUGUUUAGGAGAGCCGGUGCGAGAGUUUCGAUAGCCACCGCCUAUCACCCACAGUCGAACUCCCCAGUAGAGAGGGGACACCAGACUCUGAUAGCGUCACUGUCCAAGUGGUGCAAGGGUAAAGACAGUGAUUGGCCACGAUAUUUUCGAUACGCGAUAUGGGCGGACAACGUCAUGGUCCGGGCUAGUACCGGAUACCCACCAUACACCUUGUGGUUUGGACGACAUUGUCCGCUUCCCAUAGAGUUUCACGUCGACAGUUGGACAACCGUCGACUGGGCAGAGGAGAUGUCCAGAGAGGAAUUCUUAGCUGCUCGAACAAGACAGAUAGCCUACGGGUUGGAAGAUAACCUUAUGACAGCAGCCGAUCGUCUGGCAGUGGAAAGGGACAAGGGUAAAGAGAGAUGGGAUAAGAACGUGCGGAUCAGGAAGGAGAGGGUGAGUGUAGGAGACAUGGUCCUCCUCUACGAUGCAGCGCUGGAGAGAACCUGGACCGGAAAGCUUGCCAAUAGAUGGAUGGGACCUUACAGAGUGGUUGAGACACUUGACUGGAUGCAUAUAUGAUAGGAGAACUAAACGGAUCUAAGUGGAAGGACCCAGUGGUGGGGGCUAGGUUAAAGCUGUUUAGG